GGCGGGGCCGGCCCGCUGCCGCCGGAGCGGGACACGAGGAGGAGGAGGAAGAGGAGGAGGAGGAGGAAAAAGAUUUGGGGGUCCCUCGGGAAAUGUAGUCGCGCCCCAUGUGCGCGGGGGCUCGGGAACUACAAGCCCCAGGGCGCAGAGGGCAGGAGGAAGGGGAGGAGGAGACGGGAGGAAGAGGAGGAGGAAGCAGGAGGGGAGGGCUGCGCAUGGCGUGCCGGUAGCCCUAUAACCGGGGCUGUGCGCAAACCCCAGCCCUGGCAGCAUCUCCCGCAGGAAGCCAGAAACGGGGCAUUUCCCAAAUGUUGCCCCGCGCGUUGCCAGCCUGCGGGACAGCUCUGCCUGCCCCCGGGGGCAUCACCGGGGUGGGACCCGGCUGUCAGCACAGCAGGGACCGAACCGUGGCCCUACACCGGGCCCGGAGCCGAGAGCACGCUUAGAAGCAAAGGAGGAGGAGGAGGAGACCCCCAGGAGCAGGACCCGGGGCUGGUGCCCCCCUGUGCCCCCUCUGCGGGGCCGUGGCGCAGGAGAGAGCCGGGGAGCAUCCUCCCGCCCCCUUCCCUCGCAGUUAUUCUGCCAGAAGCAAAUGCGACCUGACAGCCCUCGGCUACUCCGCUGAAAUAUUUAUGAUGCCCCCGCACCCGCCUGGCAGCACGGAACUGGGCUCCCAGUCUGGGCAUUGCUGGUGCUGCCCAGCCUGGGGGGCGUGGGGGGAACAGACCCCCUUGUACCCAGGGGCCCCCGUGAGGACGUCCCAGUAACCCCAGCUAAAUUUAGAUGUUUACCUUUUUUCCCCUUCUUUUCUCAGCCAAACAGAGCCGGGAUGUGUUGUUUGGACGGGGACGUGCCGGGUGGGUGCACACCCUGCUGGGUAUCCCCCAUCCCCUGCCUGUCCUGCAGGCAGGGCUCUGGCUUUGCCACGGUGCUGGGUGCUGGCUUGAAAAGCAGCCCGGGAGAAAUUGGGGUGUGCACAGGCUUCACCGGGGAGUUCUUGUUUUACCUCGUCCCUUUGAAAGUAACCAGAGAGGCCUGUUGGGACUGUUGGUUAUUUGUAGGGGCCGUUGGUUAUUGGUAGGGGUCGUUGGUUAUCUGUAAGGGCCAGGUCCCUCCCUUGGGUGGCAUCCCUGCCCGUGGCAGGGGCUUGGAGUUGGCUGACCUCUAAGGUCCCGUCCUACCCGAGCCCUUCCAUAAUUCUCAUGUGCUGCAGGACCCGGGAUCAGGAGCCCCCGGGUGCGCACCCCUAGCACCCUGGGGACCCUGGUGGGACCCCCCGCAGCACCGCCCGCGCCCCCCAGCCACACAGCCCGGCAUCCAGCUCUCAGCAGCCCCCCUCCACCACCCCCAGCUCCCAGGGGAGCGGGGGCACCCCCGGCUGCACCAUCACGGGGCAGCACCCCCAGGGAGCACAGGGCUGGCAUCCCCCGCUGCCCCGCCGGGCUGCCGGUGGCGGUCCCCGGGUGGCAGGGAGGGGAGGGCCGGGCAUGCAGCGGGCAGGCAGAGAGGCAGGACGGGGGGGCUCAGCUCGCCGGGGUGGGCAGGGCCUGCGGGGCCGGGCAGGGCGCACCCAGCUCCCGCAGCCGCCGCGCUCGGAGCCAGCCCCGCCGCGCCCGGCGGCCUCCCCCCCCGCCGGCCCCUUCCCCAGCCUCCCUCCCCGCUCCCCCCUGCCCCUCUCCUCCCUUCCCGGCCCCCUCCUGUACCCUGCCCCCGGCAGCCCCCAGCCCUCCCCAUCCUCUCCAGAGCCCGCCCGGCCGUCGCUCCAUCCGUCCGUCUGUCCGUGCGUCCGUCCGGGGGGCAGGGCACGAGGUGCUGCAGACCCAACGCCACCAGAUGCGUCUCCGCGCCGCGCCGUGCUGGGGACCGUCCCCGGGGGUGCUCCCCUGCUGCCCGUGCUGCUGACCCCCAGCCCUCUGCCCCACGGCCCCCCCGCCAGCUGCUGCUGCUCCUCCAACGGCUCCUGCCGCGGCCCCUGGCUCCUGCUCCAUGCUCAGCAUGCCCCUGUCUGGCGGAUCCGGACCUGCUGAGGAAUCGCUCUGGAGCUCGAGGCCAGCCUGCAGGGAAAUGGAGUCAAAGGUCUCCGAAGGCGGCCUGAACGUCACCCUCACCAUCCGGCUGCUGAUGCACGGCAAGGAAGUCGGAAGCAUCAUUGGAAAGAAAGGAGAGACCGUGAAGAAGAUGCGUGAGGAGAGCGGGGCAAGAAUCAACAUCUCGGAGGGAAACUGCCCUGAGCGAAUUGUGACCAUCACCGGCCCCACCGAUGCCAUCUUCAAGGCUUUCGCCAUGAUCGCCUACAAAUUCGAGGAGGACAUAACCAACUCAAUGAGCAACAGCACUGCUACCAGUAAACCUCCAGUGACGCUGCGGCUGGUCGUGCCAGCUAGUCAGUGCGGCUCGCUGAUUGGCAAAGGAGGCUCCAAGAUCAAGGAAAUCAGGGAGUCCACAGGUGCUCAGGUUCAAGUGGCGGGGGACAUGCUGCCCAACUCCACGGAGCGGGCAGUGACAAUCUCGGGGACACCCGACGCAAUUAUCCAGUGUGUCAAACAGAUCUGUGUGGUGAUGCUGGAGGUACAGUCUGUAACAAAGGGGUCCCCACCAAAAGGUGCCACCAUUCCCUACCGCCCAAAGCCCGCCUCCACCCCUGUCAUUUUUGCAGGUGGUCAGGUAAGAGCCGACCCGCUUGCAGCCUCCACUGCCAACCUCAGCCUUUUACUGCAGCACCAGCCGCUGCCCGCCUACACGAUUCAGGGACAAUACGCUAUUCCACACCCGGAUCAGUUGACCAAGCUCCACCAGUUGGCUAUGCAGCAAACCCCCUUUACUCCCCUUGGACAGACCACCCCCGCUUUCCCUGGAGAAAAGCUGCCCUUACAUUCCUCCGAAGAAGCUCAAAAUCUGAUGGGCCAAUCAUCAGGUCUGGAUGCCAGUCCCCCGGCCAGUACUCAUGAACUCACCAUUCCCAAUGAUGCUCUGAAAUUGCCACUAUCACCUUCCCUGGAAAGAGAGCACAGGCUUGGGUGUCUUAAAGGAGGUUUUAGCAGUGCAGAGCAGACCGUGGUUGCACUGCAGAGAAAGGAGAGUUCAAGGAAAGCCGGUGGUGAAAUCCAGCUUGUCACUUCUGUGACUGUCGGGAGAAACUUGAAUGCUGUGCAGAGACACUCAGAAGCCUCCGAAUAGGUUUGGCUCCUCUCCUCCCCCAAGCAGGCUCCCAUAUGUCUGUAUUUUUGUUUGCUGAAGCACCUCCAGCCUCUUCAAGCCAUUUCUGCUCUGCGAGAACCAGGAUGGGUGGCUGUUGGGCUGCACGUCGUGCUGCAGCCCCAGAGAUAGCUGAUACCUUCCCAGUGCUGCAGCGGAUGCACAUUCGGGUCCCUCAGCCUGUGCUCCAGGCAGGUGAAGGAUAAGGUGAUGAGAUGGACAUGGCUGGGACUGGCUCUGGCUUUGUGGAACCAAGAAACCUUCACCGGGGGCUGUCAGUGAAGCUUCCCUUGAGGCUUACACAGAGGCACAGCGUCGUGCACAACAGCAUCGUCAUUCCUCUGCUCUUCCUAACCCUCUGCUUUGUCGGGAGCUCUGCUGGCCUAGCAGAGAGAGUUGCAAUGAAGAAGUCUACCCAGAAGCACGUUGCCAUCUGACGUUACGAUCUAAGCACCACGUGGGACAAAGCACUAAGGCAGCUGUGAUCUGACAGCAGGAGGAGUGGACGUUGGGAGCGGUCUGCACCUCGAUGCAUAGCGGCAGAAGCCCAGCAGCUGACGAGAUGAAUGAAUAUCCUGGGUACAAAACUCUCAGUUGUAACCUUGGAAAGGCGCUCAAAUGGCCAAGCAGGACAUGCAGAAAGACCUCGUACCUGUGCUGGAAAUGCUGCUCACCUUCCUGUGCCUCACCCAGCUGUAGUGGUGCAUAAGGGAACUGCAGUCUGAUGUACGAAUGGGUGACAGCAAAGAUCAACACACCCUCAGGGACCACUGAGGAAAUCAUGCCUCUAAGGAAAACUAAUUUUUUCAAGAGGGCAAAAGGCGUUUUUCAGUAAAAUUCUCCUUUCCUGCCACAGCCUGCACCCUCCUCCCAGGGCAGUGAGGGAGACGCUGGGGG